CAACGCUGUACGUGGAACGUGAAGGCAGCAUUAUCCCGGAAACUGAUCCUUCAGCGGUCAUCUAGGCACACUACUGAUGUUUUAGAGUUUUUCAUUGUUGUCUUUCGAUAUCUCCUUUUUUGGAUGGUGCAUUUUUAAAGCUGACUUUAAAGAAAAGCCUCUUUUUGAGGCUCUCAGCAGAAGAAGAUUCUUGGAUCCAGCUGAAUGAAGAAUAGAAAGGAUCAGUUUUCAACAUGUCUGAUAUUAUGAUCAAUCUGUCCUCCUCUGUUGAUAACCCACAGGCAGGCGGUCCCACAGCAAAGCAAAAGAAGAACCGCAAUACGUUUUUAAAAAGAAUGAAAUACCUAAAGGCAAAGGGUUAUCUUAAAGAUAAACAAAGUAACCCUAAUCAGAGGAGCAGCAAUAACCAUAAGCAAUCUUCCAACCAGAAUGGACCUUUCCCUAAAUGCUCUCUACCUCCAACUGCUGGUAGCUCUGGGGCUUCAACCUCUCCUUCUAACCCUCCACCAAAGUCUCUCAUUGUGCAAAAUGAAGGUAGCCAGGAAAAGCCCAAACAGCAGGGCAGCAGCAAAACAGCAGCACUUGGCUCCUGCCCCUCGUCAUCCAGCAGCCAUAAACUCCUCACCUCCACAGGGAACCCCACAAAGUACCUCGCCAUCGACUGUGAGAUGGUGGGAACGGGACCCAAAGGUAGCAUCAGUAAACUGGCUCGCUGCAGCAUCGUCUCGUAUGACGGGGACGUGGUCUACGACAAGUUCAUCAAGCCCGACGUGCCCAUUACAGACUUCCGUACACCAUGGAGCGGUAUUCGGCCCAGAGACCUCUUCAAAGCCACGCCGUACGCAGAGGCUCGCAGAGAGAUCCUGAGGCUGCUGAUGGGGAAGAUCAUUAUUGGCCACGCAAUACACAACGACUUCAAGGCCCUCAGUUACACUCAUCCUUUUUCCCUGACGAGGGACACGUCGAAAAUCCCUCUUCUCAACCAGAAGGCCGGCUUCCCAGAGAAACAGGUUGCUUCCCUGAAGAGACUCACCAAAGCCAUCUUCAACCGUGAUAUCCAGACUGGAAGGAAAGGCCACUCGUCUGUGGAGGACGCUAAAGCCACGAUGGAGCUUUACAAAGUCGUAGAAGAGGAAUGGGAGAGGACCCUCAUCUCCAGAUCUUAGCGCAGAGUCUGAAGCUAAACAGAGAACCAAAUGUGCCUUCUGGACGUGUUUGUUUGGUGUUCUGGGAAUGCUUGAAGACAUAAUGUCUGAAGAAAUCUUUCUACACCAUCAUUGGACUGUGUUUCUGUUUGUUUGUUUACUUAGUGUUGCCGAUGACAAAAACUAGUAGCAUUCAUCCAUGACAAACUAAUGCACCUUUCCAUUCGGUUUGUUUCUUGUUUUUUGAAUACUGAACUGAAGCAUAUAGAAUAUUUUAGAAGCUGCAGUUAUUCAGGGUUUGGAUCUAAACAAGCAUGAGGAGUUAUUUUUUAACAUUUUUCACAUGUAAUCUGUCAACUAUAACAAUCUUUCUCAGGGUUUAUAGUGAGUUCAAAUGGUGCUUCGGACACGUUUGGGACCAAAAUGUUUUCAGCAAAGACUGUAGGUAAAAUUUGUAAGUUCUUAAAAAUGAAAUGAUUGGUUAUAUUGGGCAUGAUGGUGCUGUCACUCCACUGUGGGUACCGUGUUCUCAUCCUGAUCCGUAAAGCCUUUUCCAGCGGCUUAUGGGUGAAUUCAAAUGUGAUAUGCACAGUUUAACUUUCUUUUGAUGUUUUUCCUAACAAAAAACACACUUACUGCCCCACCACUGUUUCCAGAACUUUCUGCAGCUCCGUUGCUGUUACAGUAGGUCUAUUGGCAGCCUCCUUGGCUCCUCUUCUUCACGGCGCUUCAUCAGUUCUUAGAGCGGAUUUUAACUUCAUUUAAGGUAGGAUAAUUGGACUUAAGUUUCCACUAAAUGGGCAGAAAUUGGCAACAAAAACUAGAAGG